CACCGAGUCUCAACUCGCAGUUUAACACAGGGUCUCACGUUCUUUAACUGAGUAGUAAUAUUGAAUGAUAAAUGAUAAAUUUCAUUGCAUGUGUCAUAAGUAUAGGUAUAUGAAAGAGACAGUCAGAUUCUCAGACUCGUCUUGUUUGUGUGUAAAUGUAUAAUAUAUAUACCGAAAUGAAUUAUACGUGGGAUGUAAUGAUUGUAGUGCCUUCGUUUUUAUUUUUUUAUUGUUAUUAUUUUUACAAUACUAAUAGCCGAAUUUAAUUUAAAUUGUGUAAAUUAAAACUACUAACAAUGGUUUUAGUUAUUAAUAAAAUAGAAUAAUUUUACCAAAAUCGAUUGAAUAAACUUUUUUAUAUCUGUUAAUAAGACCUAAAUAUAUUCAUGUAACGUUUGUGUAUACUAACUAUGAGUGCUCACCAUCCAGAAUUUGGGAAAUGACCAUGAGCGAAAAUUAUGAGUUUGAUCCAAAGAAAAAUACAACUGGUAAUCGUUUCGAUUUUGAUUAUAACCGAGGCGAUAAAUUCAUUUCCAGGUAAGUUGAAGUUUAUUGCACUUAUUAUUUUCUGUCUUAUUCUUAAUUGCUAUUUUAUUAUUUUUCUAGACAGUAACAGAGCAAUUGAAAAGUGUAAUAUUACACAUUCUGAUUGUCUGAAAUGUGAUACUGAUGGACUAUGCAAGAAAUGUAGAAAAGUAUUAAUUGUGACCACAGGUCAAUGUGCUGAAACUUGUCCAUCGGGUUAUGAAUACACAUGGUCUACUAAUGAUCAUCAAAUGGGCCGUGUAUGCUCAAUAACUGGUUUGUAUAUUUAUAUAAUAAAUGUUAAAUGUAUAUGUUUAUGAAUAUUUAUUGGUAUUUGAUUUUUAGAUAAAACUAUAUUUGGAAGUAUACAAUUAUCUGGUCAAGUAGCUGCAAUUACUGUUGGUGUCAUAAUAGGAUUUCUUAUUGUCACUACUAUUUUAUUGGUUGUAGGAAUGGUGGUCAAAUUUAAAAAAUGUUCAAAUAUUAGAUCAAAAUCACGUUUGUCACCUAGUUUAGGUCCUUUAACUAGUGGUUCUCACCAAAGUCAAGGUAGUAUUUUAUUUUUAUAUUCUGUAAUGUUAAUAUAGUGUAUUUACUGUUUGCCUUAUUAUUAUAAUUUUUCAGAAAGUGAUGAUUGUGAUAGAUUAGAGUUUUUCAAACAUUUAGAAAAACUUAGACCUGAAGCACCAGUUUUCCUAUCAAUGUUAAAUGAAACAAGAAAACAAGUACGUGAACUUCGAGGUCCUAGCCGACAACAUUCUGCAAUUCAAGCAUAUCGGUAUACAUAUAAAUAUUUAAAAUUACAGUCGUAUAAAAUAAUUAAUUUUUUUAAAAUUAAAUUUCUUUUAGACCGGUUUUAAAAGAUUUAUCUCGAAUUUUAAUAUUAUUGAACAAGGAAGAUUGUUUUUUAAAUCCUCCUUCUGAUUGGGACAUUUUAUUAGCUUGGGGUGAUAGAGUUCUACGAAGAUACAAAAAACAACACCCUAUUAUGGUAUAAAUUGAUUUUGUUAUUAAAAUUAUAUGUUUUUCUGUUUUAUUUAAAUAACAAUUAUUUUUAGAUUUCUCAAACAAAUACAAAUGAACAUUUUAGUGACAAACCAAUUCAGUUGACUACAUUUACAAAUAGUAAAAAACAUAGACCACUAUCUGCAUCAUCAUCAUCACCAUCUCGCAUUAAACAACUUGCAAUCUCAGUGUUUGAUGAUAAUUAUAAUGACCAUAACAGGUAAAACAGUUACAUUAUAUAGCUACAUAUAUUUAGUUAGUUAUUAAUUUUUUUAAUGCUAAAUUCCAUAGGCAUCCAGAUGAGAAUGAUGAGGUGAUUAUGUUACGAGAAAAGACUGUAUCAAGUUUUGGUCGUUCCACUAGUCCUGCUUCUCUUUCAUUAUUAGAAGCAAAUGCAUCUAAAAGUUUGUUAGUUGCCGAGUGGAAUGCUGAAAUGCCACCUUAUAAUUGUUAUUCAACUACAACGGAUGAUGAUGAUUUUUUCACUCUUGGCUUUAGACCUCAAGAUGAAAUAACAACAGAACUUUAGUAUUUAAUGGUUUGUUAAUCCCUUUUAUUUACCUAAUUUGAUAAAAGUAUUGUUUGUUGAAUUUUUUGGUUAAGGGAACAAUUACCAAAACCUACUAAAUUAUGUAUAAUUGUGUUUUAAUUUUUGUAAUUUUAUAAAAAAAAAUUGUUUUUAUUGUACCAAAAAGAAUAUCAAACUUAAUAAUGUAUAUUUUUUACAUCAAUAAAAUUAUUUUUUUU